GACAGUCACCCAGUUUCCUUUGUGUAAGCCUUUACCUUUCUCUUCAAAAAAAAAAAAAAAAAAAACCCUGGUUUUCUUUCACGUCUCCCUCUCUUUCACUUCCAGUGCUUCACCAACAUCUUCUCCCCUUGGAACGGGCUGACUGAGAUUCAUACUAACUGAGAGUUGUUUCAUGUUGGAAGUGGGGGCCUGAAGUUUAGACACCCAAGUUGAGUCAUAUCAAAUUCGGGUUUAGCAAAAAACUGUUCUACAAUUUUAUAGAAUUCCUUGAGAAUAAUUUUUGAGUAACUGCAAUUUAUUUAAUUUAACCAUGAUUCUUGCUUUGCGCUAGAAAUGCUUUCCUAGUACUUCAGAAUAUCUCAAGAAUCUUCCUGUUGGUAAAAUCUUUCUUAAUAAUCUAGCUUUUUUUAUCAUUUGAUCUUCCUAGCUAUGUAUUUGUCAAAAUAUUGAAUUUAACCGAUUUGUCAUCCCUUAAAUUCUAUAUAAACCACCUACAACCCCCUCUUUUUUACAAUCAUCUUUCAUUAGGUAGUUUAAAACUCGACAAAAUCAAAGAGGAAAAGUUACAAUACCGUUUGUGGCCAUGAUUGCCAUCUUUCUCCUCUUCAGCAUAAUCCUCCAUCUCUUCACGAGCAGCGCUGCCCUUGGAGUGAACUAUGGCAUGUCUGCAGACAACCUUCCUUCUCCUUUUGUGGUUGCUAACUUCCUUAAAACCCAAACCAUUUUUGACAGUGUCAAAAUGUUUGAUGCUAAUCCUGAUGUCCUUAGAGCUUUUGCAAACACUGGCAUUUCGGUUACGGUCACAGUUGGCAAUGGAGAUAUUCCUGCUCUUACCAACACCGUUGCAGCAAGGAGAUGGGUUACUCAACACAUAAGCCCGUUUUAUCCUCAGACAAAGAUCAAAUAUAUCUGUGUUGGUAGUGAAGUCUUAUUCUCAAAUAUUACUGAUUGGAUUAACAACCUUGUGCCAGCCAUGAGGAGUCUUCAUUAUGCUUUGAUUAAAGCUGGAAUUCAAGAUAUCAAGAUCACAAGCUCUCAUGCACUCAACAUAUUCCGAAGUGAAACUGUACCAAGUUUGAUGCGUUUCAUGGUUGGUUAUGACCUAAGCUUCUUUGCACCCACACUCAAAUUUCAUCAUCGGACCAAAUCGCCUUUUAUGAUUAACCCAUAUCCCUACUUUAGCCCUGACUUAUUGAGCAGAUUGAAUUACGCUCUUUUCAAGCCAAACCGUGGUGUCUAUGACAAGUUUACAGGAAAAACAUACACCAAUAUGUUUGAUGCUCUCAUGGACUCAACUUAUUCGGCCAUGAAAGCUCUUGGCUAUGGACAUGUGGAUAUUGUAAUUGGUGAGACUGGUUGGCCCUCACAAGGUGAUGCCAGCAGCCCCUUUGCUACCAUGGAAAAUGCAAUUUCUUACAAUGGGCAUGUGGUUAAGGAAAUUAUUUCAGGCAAAGGAACACCUUUGAUGCCGAACCGCCAGUUUGAGACAUACAUGUUUGCAUUGUUUAAUGAGAAUCAAAAACCAGGUCCGCUAGCUGAGAAAUACUGGGGAUUGCUUAAACCUGACUUGACCCCUAUGUAUGACGUUGCACUUCUACACCAUGAGCAGUCGGUGCCAGCCCCUACUAAUCCUUCCCCGGCAACUCCAGCACCAUCAGGCAAUAAUUACUGUGUUCCAAAAAUUGAUGUUAGUUAUGUUCAGCUGCAAUCAAACCUGGAUUAUGCAUGUGGCCAAGGCGUAGACUGUACUCCAAUUCAGCCUGGUGGAACAUGCUAUGAACCCAACACUGUCCAAUCUCAUGCUGCAUUUGCAAUGAACUCUUACUAUCAAACCAAAGGUCAGAGCUAUUUCAGCUGUGAUUUCGCUGGCACCGGUCAAAUCAUCACUGUCAAUCCAAGUUAUCGCAACUGCCAUUACCUCUAAAAAAUUGGAAGAGAAGGAUGAACUUAUUAUUAUUAAUCUGGAGAAUGUUGAUAAAGUUCGUUUGAUUAGUCGAACUCUUCCAUUUUUUAUGAUUCUAUUGCUACUGCUGUAUCAAAUAUGAUUUGUUCAUUAUAAUCUGUUUGCAACUCUUAUAUAAAUUUAUA